AUGCCGCGUCGCCGGCCGCCUGGAGCUGGCCCGGCGUUGAGCGCCAAAUUCGUCGCCCUCAACCUCCUUCUCGCUUUACCAUGGAUUUCCACGGCCGCUCAGCAGCAGCAGUCGCCGGAACGUGCCCACGGUCGCUCUCCCAGCGAGGGUGGCAGCGUGCACACCAUACUACCCCCCAAAAUAAACGAUGAGCCUAGUCGCAAAAGGCUGGACACCGCCGCGACGAAGCGUGCCUUCACACAUAUUCAAGCCAAAGACGAGCGCGCCGUGGGAACAUUCUCCUCAGCUCCAGCGAUUUCCGCUGUCGGAGCCCAAUAUGGAAGGGACGCAGCCGACUCCGGUGUGUUGACACCGGGUGAGCGCUCCAUUGACGAUUGGACAAUUGAGGACUUCAUGCUCCUGGCGACUGUCGACGGCCACAUACACGCGCGGAACCGAUACAAUGGCAUGGAGAUCUGGGAGCUAGACGUGGGAAAGCCCAUGUUAGAGACCAUCUACAACACCAAGAACGAGUCCGACCCUACCGAUGGCUGGCGGAACAAGCCCUUCAUCUGGAUCGUAGAGCCCAAGGAGGACGGCGCGCUCUAUAUUCUCAGUCCUGGGCCUCGACCUCUCCUCCAGAGCCUCGGCUUCACCGUGAAGCAGUUAACAGACGAUCUCAAUCCCUACGCCAGCGAAGACCCUCCUGUUGUGUACACGGCAAAGAAGGAAAGCAUCAUGCUCGUUGUAGAUGCGAGUACCGGACGCGUCACUAAGAGUUUCAGUACGGACGGAUACAUGAGGCCGGGAGAACCGGAAAGCUGCCAUACUAAGACGCCAGAAUACUUCAAUGGCGACCAGCAGCACGAGUGCAAAGGCUUUUUCAAUCUUGGACAAACAGAAUACAUUGUCAGCAUCCACGAUAAGAACAGCGGCGAGCACAUCUGCACCAUUAAAUAUUCAGAGUGGACUUCCAACAACCGGGACCGAGAUUUGCAGAGGCAAUAUCGACAUACCAAGGACGAGAUGUAUCUGGUCAGUCGAUACAAUGGCGAUGUCAUUGCCUAUGACAAGAAACGGAGCAACUUUGCAAAGAACUACGUCUUCCAACAGAAGCUAGGCGUCCCAGUCACGCGCGUGUUUGACGUCGCACGUAAAGGUGAUGAUAACGACCCUGAUCCAGCACUUGUCCUCCUUCCCCAACCGCCGAGCCUUGAUAGUUCGCAAGACGAAGGGAUGAACGUCUGGCUGAAUACGACGGAUGCUGGCAGCUGGUAUGCUCUAUCCGAAGCGAAUUACCCCGCUGUGACCGACGGUGCACCUAAAGCAUCAUGCUACACGUACGGCAACUAUCUGGGUGAGGUUGAUUCCUACAUCUUGCCGGAGCGUAGAGGUCUUGUUGGAGUCCACAGGUUGAACUAUCCGCAAGAACAGCCUCAGACAUGGUCCGCUAUCGCUGCACCCACCGGCAGUGACGACAAACAAAUCUCUGAUAGACCAUUCUCUGUCCCUGCAGGCAUUCCUCGACCGCCAGUUGAGACGACGCAUCUGACUUUGGAUCCACCUCAGCCGCAACCCGUCCGUAAAGAAUCCUUCUCUUGGACAAGCGUAGCAACUGCUUCGGUCACUAGCCUUCUCUGUAUUGCCCUAGUGUUGUGGACCAUCCAGAAGCAGCAAGGGACUUCCUUGAAGAAAUGGAUCUCGAAGUUUAGUACGAAGCUCAACAAGACUCGACAGCUGGAGGCACCUGUACCUCCCCCUCUCGAGCUGAACCCGACCUCUGCUAUCGAAAAGCCGGCUCGGGCGCCGGCAGCAGAGCCUGUUGCGGAGCUUCCUGUGGUGGAGGAAUCCAAGCCUAUCGUAGAAGAGGUCAAGGAGGUGACUCUAGAAGUUGAAGCACCUACUCAUCCCGAGUCAGACAAGAAGAAGGUUACAUUCGCGGAUCUUCCCGAAGACGAAGAGGAAGAUGAUCUGAGUCUCUCACGAGUGACCACCAUCGACGCAUCUCCCCUGGCUGAAGCUGACUCCUUAGCAAAUGGUGAUGCGUCUGCGGUCGAAGGUGGAGCCCAGACAUCCGGCACCGAAGACAGCUCCCCGGACCAAGGUGCUGCACCCGCUACACCCAAGAAGAAGAAGACCCAUCGUGGGAAACGCGGGGGUCAGAAAGGUAGAAACCGAAGGCUCAAGGAGGGCGAUGAGAUUGACCAGAUCGUGGACGCUGCGAAACAUCUCAACGAACCUUCCGCCAUGCAUCCUGAUGAAAUGACUGUCGUGAACGGCGACGACAUACAAGAUGUGACCAACAUUAAGAGAAUUGGCAAACUCACGAUUGACUUCGAUCGUCUCCUUGGUAACGGCAGUGGCGGCACUUUCGUUUUCGAGGGCAAGUGGAACGAUCGCGAUGUCGCCGUCAAGCGCAUGUUACCCCAAUAUUUCGGUCUCGCAGAGCAGGAGGUCAAGUUACUCCAGGAAAGCGACCUACAUCCUAAUGUCAUCCGUUAUUUUGACGAUGAGAAAGACGAGAACUUUCUAUACAUCGCCGUUGAAAUCUGUCAAGCAAGCCUCUUCGACUUGUACAGAGACGGCAGGCCAGGCAGUGACCUGACGGACACCCAUCUCCGACUCGUCACUGAGAUCAACAGCAAUGUCUCCCGAGCUCUACAUCAGCUAGCUGAGGGCGUCCACCACUUGCACAGCCUGAGGAUCAUCCAUCGAGACAUCAAGCCUCAGAACAUUCUCAUCGCAUACCCUCAGCGAAACCAGAAGAACGGACCACGUCUCGUCAUAUCUGAUUUUGGGCUGUGUAAGACACUGCCAGACAAUAUGAGCACAUUGAUCGGCACUACUGGAAAUGCAGGCACCGUUGGGUGGAAGGCUCCGGAGCUGAUCCUACAACCGAAGGACGUUGGCUACGGAAGUUCGACAGGCCACUCUCGCGAUUCAUCUGCUUCCACCGACCCUGUCUCGCAAGGUGUCAAACGAGCCGUUGACAUUUUCUCACUCGGCUGCGUCUUUUAUUACGUCCUCACCAACGGAUCCCAUCCCUUCGAUGACGAUGAGGGGUGGGCGCAGAUGCGCGAAUACAACAUCAAGAAGAACAAGGCAAGCUACGAACGACUCAGCCUGGGCCCUGACUCCGAAGAACCGAUUCGUCUUAUCUCCUGGAUGUUGUCCAACCGUCCUGAGGAUCGCCCCACAGCCGCCGAGGUCAUGAAUCACCCUUUCUUCUGGUCUGCCGAGAAGCGCCUUACCUUUCUCUGCGAUUGCUCCGACCAUUGGGAGCGAGAGAUCCGGGAUCCACCUUCGACCCAUUUGUCCAUCCUCGAAACCUACAGCGAAGAAGUCCUCGAUAAGAAACGGAAUUUCUUAGCCAAGCUUGACAACAGCUUCAUCGCUUCGCUUGGCAAGCAACGCAAGUAUACGGGAGACAGGAUACUUGAUCUACUCAGGGCACUAAGGAACAAGAAAAAUCAUUACGAGGAUAUGGAGGACAGCGUCAAGGCGAAGGUGGGGCCGUUGCCAGACGGGUAUCUGCAAUAUUGGACGAGCAAAUUUCCGAAGCUGUUGAUGAGCUGCUUUGACUGCGUGGUAGAGUGUGGGCUGCAGGGUGAGCCGAGAUUCAAGCCUUACUUCCCACAGGCAAACAAUUAG